GAGCCGGGAAGUUUGAACGCUCGUCGGGGAGGUGCGGCUACAUGCGCCUCCGCUGUUCGCUUCGCUUCGUUUCGCGUCCCCUAGGCCCGUUCAACGGUUCGGCCUGUUCGCUUCGGCCUGCCCGCCGCUCCGUGCACUCCCCGUCUUCCUCGUCGCGGAUUGUGUGCUUGUUUUAUAUUUUUUGGUAUUUUGAAACAAGCUUUCACCAUGGCUGUGGGAGACUAUGAUGAACUUCUCAAAUAUUAUGAAUUAUAUGAAACUAUUGGGACAGGUGGCUUUGCAAAGGUUAAGCUUGCCCGCCAUAUUCUCACUGGAGAAAAGGUAGCGAUAAAAAUCAUGGACAAGAAUACUCUAGGGAAUGAUUUGCCUCGUGUGAAAACAGAGAUUGAUGCUAUGAAGAACCUAAGUCAUCAACAUAUUUGUCGUCUUUACCAUGUACUUGAGACUGACAACAAAAUAUUUAUGGUUAUGGAGUAUUGCCCUGGAGGAGAGCUGUUUGAUUAUAUAAUUGCCAAAGAUCGUCUCUCGGAGGAGGAAACACGUAUCUUCUUCCGUCAGAUUGUGUCAGCUGUUGCUUAUGUACAUAGUCAGGGUUAUGCUCAUAGGGACCUUAAACCAGAAAACUUGCUGAUUGAUGAAUACCAUAAAUUGAAGUUGAUUGACUUUGGUCUUUGUGCAAAGCCCAAAGGUAACAAGGAUUACCAUCUACAGACAUGUUGUGGGAGUCCAGCUUAUGCAGCCCCUGAACUAAUUCAAGGCAAAUCCUAUAUUGGAUCAGAGGCAGAUGUUUGGAGCAUGGGAAUUCUCUUAUAUGCACUACUAUGUGGAUUUCUACCAUUUGAUGAUGAUAAUGUCAUGGCUUUAUAUAAGAAGAUCACUCGAGGAAAAUAUGAUAUUCCAAAAUGGUUGUCUCCUGGCAGUAUUCUACUUCUUCAACAAAUGCUGCAGGUGGACCCAAAGAAACGGAUUUCUGUGAAACAUCUGCUGAGCCACCCCUGGAUCAUGCAAGAUAACUUGUGUCCUGUUGAAUGGCAGAGUAAAUAUCCAUGUGGACGUCUUGAUGAAGACUGUGUUGUAGAACUUUCAGUAUAUUAUAAACACAACAGACAAUUAAUGGAAGACUUAAUUUCAUUGUGGCAAUAUGAUCAACUUACAGCUACUUAUCACCUACUUCUUGCUAAGAAAUCUCAUGGAAAACCAGUUCGAUUAAGGCUUCCAUCUGUCAGUGGAGAACAAACAAGUGCUCCUUCCUUCAAAGAACUACAGCUCACAAAGCAAUGGACGGAAUCAAACGAUGUGGAAUCUAAGCCAUUAACUCCAAUAUUGUGCAGAGCAGCCACAAAGAAAUUGGAGAACAAAGAAAAUGUGUGCAUGCCUAAGUCUGCUGUGAAGGAUGAAGAACACUUUGUGCUGCCUGUUCCAAAGACUCCUGUUAGCAAGAGCAUGCAUGAAAGAGGAAUAUUAACUGUACCAAAUCCUCCUGCUCCUUGCAAAGAGAGAAAUCAGUGCAAGGAAGAAAUACAGAUUAGAACUAUAAACACAGAGAGAACAAAGGAAUUACCAACAGCCGUUAUUAGUCCUGAGAGACGAUGCCGUUCAGUGGAAUUGGAUCUUAAUCAAGCACAUAGAGACAGUCCUCAAAAGAGAAAAGGAACCAAGAUGUUUGGAAGUCUUGAAAGGGGAUUGGAUAAAAUGAUUACAAUGCUCACUCCAAACAAGAAGAAAGGAUCUUCUAGAGAUGGGCCAAGAAGGCUAAGGGUUCACUAUAAUGUGACCACAACCAGAUUAGUGAAUCCAGAUCAACUCUUGGCUGAAAUAAUUUCUGUCCUUCCAAAAAAGCAUGUUGACUUUGUGCAGAAGGGCUAUACACUGAAGUGUCAGACACAGUCAGAUUUUGGCAAAGUGACAAUGCAGUUUGAGCUAGAAGUAUGCCAACUUAGCAAACCUGAGGUGGUGGGUAUCAGGAGGCAAAGGCUUAAGGGUGAUGCUUGGGUUUACAAGAGAUUAGUCGAAGACAUCCUUUCUAGCUGCAAGGUGUAAUUGAUGCAUGGUUUGUAUAGCCUGCGGGCUAAAUGUGGAUGUUAGACUACUCCACUGAGACCAUGGCUUGAUCAGUUUGAAUUUUAGUCCAUUGGAGCCAAAAAUGUAUCCAAAAAGGAUUGUUGUAAGAACCAAUGUCUUUUUUCUUUUUAAACGUAAGACAUUUUAUGUAUGAAUUUAAGGCAAUCCCAUCUGUUGUUAUACAUUACUGUCUUUUUUAAUCAUGUACCUUUGCAUAUUAAUAACUGUUGACUUUGUUAUUUUCACUUCCUUUUGUGAAUGUGAGCCUGUAACUAUGCCUUUGAUGUGCAGUUUCUUUCUGGAAUAAAACAACUUAAUGAAUAAAGCA